CGGCUCGGGGCCGCUCUGCUCGGCUCGGGGCUGCACGGCCGCCAGUUGGCUCGGCCCGGGCGUGGGGCAUCGGGCCCGGCGGGGUAUCACUGAAGCGGCAGAGGCUGUUAGUGCCAGGGUGAAUCACAGAGAUCUGGGUGGCUUGCGAGUCUCCUUGCGGGACCUCUGAUUUGUUCUAAACUGCUGGAAAGAAGACUGCAUUUUGAGAAAUAAAAUUGAUUUUGCAGUAUCUGCUGAUGAUCAGCAAGGCCUAAUGAACAAUUACCUCAAGAAACCUCAUUAAAGUUACUUGGGUGAAUGAGCAGGAGUGAAAUGCAAAAGGAGAAAACAUAGUUGCUGUUUGAAUGCAUGAAUGAUAUUUGACUCUAAAACUAUCCAAAGUCAACACAGGGAAAGGAUCAGAUAUUCUUGCCUUACUUUCCUUGAAACCUCCAAGUUAGUUUGAUGCCUUUUGGGAAAAAUAGGAAGCAGCCUACUAAAGGAAAUCCACCUGUUCGACUCUCAAGGUGAGGAUCAUGGGAGAACAACUGUUAGAGAACAGCAUCCUUGAUCAAUUUAUUAAUAGCCAUGAGCAGUCACAUGAAGAGUUUCUAAAUACAUUCACCUGUCUUUUGAAAGAGAAAGAGGAGAAGACAAUUCAAGGAAAUAAAGUGGACUACUUAAGAAAAAUAUUUUCUACUUCUGAAUUAUCAAACAGAAGUAAACAGAAUGGCUUACCUGAAAGAAGCAAAGAAAUGUGGGUAUCUCUUCCAUCACAGAUGCCAAAUGAGAAUAAGCAAGUGGACAAGUACUUAGAUUGGGAAGAUAUAGACUCAGAUGAAGAGACAUGCAGUGCAGGGUCAUUAGUUCUUCCAGGAGAGGUGGAACAGACAGUGACUUAUUGUACACCCGUUUUUGAUAAGCCUAUUCAACUGAAGUUCAGAAACUUGUCAGUUCCACAGCCACUGGACAGCAAACCCCAAGAGCUACUGGGGGAUGAUGUUCAACCAUUCUCACUUGAUGAAGAAUUUGACUAUGACAAUGUGGCAGUGACCCCUAAGUUCUCUGAAGCUGAGCUGAAGGCCAUUAAAGAAUUGUCUAAAGAGAAGAAAACAGGUUCAGCAUUAGCUGAAGACUGAGUCAAAGGCGUUCUGUGCAGGCUGUUGAAAUGACAUUUUUAUGGGAUAAAUAUAGCUCUUCAUUGUACCCCUAUUUAACGUUCUUACCUGUGUGGUCGGUAAAUGACAUCCCUGAGAUUUUUUGUUUAUUUUACCAGCAUGCCUUGGAGUCUGUAUUGGCUCAGGAUAGGUAUGCUGGAGUGACCAAAACAAGAUGGUGGAUUUCAGACUAGCAUGAUGGCUACUCUUGCUUAUAUCUGUACUGACUUGGUUCCUGACUAGUGCAAAGCUGAUCCUAAAGCUGCCUUUUACCUAAUUCUUUCAGUAAUGCAAUUAAGAGCUUUUUUGCAGCUGACAAAUCAGUCCUUGAGCUCUUUCUCUUAAAUAUACAGAGUUACAGGAGUGAAUAAAUCGGGGAAAUUUUUUUUUCUCUGCAAAGAAAUAGAAAUUCCUGUUUCCAAUAAACUUUUUGUGUCGAUCAAAAUUGACAUGGUACAACUCCUAAAAUGAAAACAGUAACUGCUCAAAAAAACCCUUCCACACAGAGGAAAAAAUAGCAAUCUCAUCCAUUAAAGGAAUUGGCAUUGAAAGGCUGUAAGAUUUUACUGUUUUUUACAGCAGAUGAUUUUAAAUACCAGCUUAUAGCUUAUACUCUGCAUCACUGAAAGCCAGCAAACUGGAGCUGAGUAAAGGUCAGCUACAUGGGUGGGAAAGAAGAGUGUGCAUCUCUGAUGUAAGGUAGUAUGUACAGUUUCUAUGAAAAGUUUAGAAUUCUUUUUUUUUCAGCUAACUGUAGAAGCUUUGCUGUAGAGGUUGGUUUAACAUCACAGCACUGCAUUGUAUUAUUGGUCGUUUUCUGGUACAACUGCAUUCACUAUAAUUUACUGACCAACAUUUUGUCCUUGGCCUAUUUCCAUUAUUUCUGAAGUGAUAAAUAUGAUGAUAAAUAUGGGAAGAGUGCCUGAGCAGACAGACAAGACAACAGACCAUAGGUUGUUUAAAGGCUGUGGAUGAAAUCUCUGUGGCCAGUUGGCUGCUUCAUUGGCAUCAAUUUAUAAAAGCAAAGAAAGGUGUUUUGGUGUUCCAAGGGAGAGAUUUUCUGGAUCAGUAAUUUUGUAGACCACAAUUAUGCUCUGAAUAGCAUUUCUUUUGAGGAAUGACAUUUACCUGGAUUAGAGUGAUAUAAUUUAAGAGUGAGAUUAACAAAGAAAAAACAGAAAAGAAAGAGGUCUCACAGAUGUUUAAGGAGACUGAUAUAAAAUUACAAGUACAUUGUAUAGAAAAACUGGUCUGUACAGGACCUUGCUGGUAGAAGGUAAUGAGGGGUUUUUUUUUUAACAUCUACACUCAAAAAGAUGGCUGUGCUGUAGUUAAAAUGCUUUUUAAAAUGUAAUUGGCUGUGUAGCAGAUUAUGCUUGGUUUUUUGAAACUUUCUUUUGUUUUUGUUUUGUUUUAUGUGAAUUUAUUAGAACUCAAUGAAGUGUUUUGUUGAACCCAAGAUAUUUUAAAUUAAGUGCUUUAGAUCCAAAUGGAAUUUUCCAGUGAAACAUUCAGUUAAAAUUUUUGGAACAGAUCUAAUUACUAAUUCAUCUGAAAGACACAUGUAAUAUGUGUCUAAAUGGGAAGGAGAAGUAAGUUCUGGAAGAGCUCCAUGAGCAAAUCUGUGAGAAAGAGAUUGAGCAGUGCUGUAUAAUAAUAGCAAGAUCAGCCUUUGAAAGCCUCAACAGAAAAAUAAGGGAGACAACCUCAUUAAAAUAUAUAUGUAUAGCAAAGAUAAUGUAAGGAACCUUCAGUCUGAGAGACCGCUGUGUACAGAAUUUGCUAUCCUACAGGCAAAGAAUCAGCCAUAAAAGUGAACUUUUGUGUUUUUGUGGAAUGAUGAAUUAGGUGCUUCUUGUGUGGGGUUCUUUUUUAGGAAGGUGUGAGACGCACAAAGAAUAGAUCGGUCCUGUGGGAAUCCUAUUUCCAGCAGAGUCAAUGAGAAGACUUGUCUAGGUGUUCAUAAUGUUCUUCAGGCCAAAUCGGCUCUGGAAUCACUUAAGUGAAUCUUCUAUUCGUUUCAUUAUCAAUUUUCCCUGUACAUUAGGGAUACAUCCAGCCAUUCAGUUCCUUCUCUCACAGGCAGAUGAUUCUCACCAAAUGUUCAGAGUACCUAUUAUGCUCCAUAAGCAUCAUUCAGUAUAGUCAUUAUAUGGUUUCGUUUGAUAUAAAGAAGCACUUUACUGCAGAAUACCCAACAAAAUUGGAACUCUUUAGUGACAUUCAUCUUACACAGAGAAAUGGGGAUAAUUCACUUACAUUUACACCACUCAUGAGUUAGAUUUUUGCUCUUUGUUAACAGACAUGAAUAUCACAGUGAAGAUUAGGCAAUGCAGGCUACAUUUUCUGAACAUGACAUUUUAUUGGCCUGCCCCUGUGGUUGUUUUUGGCUUAUACCUUUCAUUUGAUUAUCCUUCACAGAGGAGGCAUAUUUUCCUCUUCUCCAUUUCCAGGCUGUCAUUUUUAAGAACAUACUUUAUGUGCAUGUUAAAUUUUAUACUUGCACAUGGAGUUAGUUACCUGGAAUUGUUUCAGUGUUUGUGAGGUGAUUUGAAAUCUGAAUAAUAUAUAUCUUUUCCUUUUGUAGCUUCUGUUCUCUUUAAUUUUUAAUAUUCCCAGCAGGGGUUGGCAAGGGACAUUUGUCAUUUGUAUUUAUGGUUUUUCUGCACAUUUUUCCUGUUUUGCAGAAGAAUUAAAGGCAAAACUCUUACACUGAACAGGAAACUUGGAGUGAUUCUUGGGAUAGAUUUAGGGGGCGCUGCAGUAGGGAGCAGUUGUCUCCCUACCACACUGAUGAGGAACUGCAAAAUCUGUGACAUUGGGUGAACCCAUUGGAAGU